GUUUAGUUCACACGGAACAUGUAUAUUAAAGCUUAGGUCUAGAUUUUUUAUAAUUCAUACAUAAAUAUAACUUCAUUUAAACUAAAAUUAAUUCGCAGUAUCGCAGUGCGUCGCCGCUUUAACGCUCGACAUUUGUGUUCAUUUACGAAAUAUGUCGCCCGUAUAAAGUCUACAAAGUUUAUUAAAAUUUUAACAAAACUGAUUAUUGCGUAACUCUGUCUUAAUAAUUCAUAUAGUUUUACCGAUAACUAUAUAAUGUUCACUAUGUGAAGUUAAUAUAUUACAAAGACCACGUGCAUUGACAUUAAAUAGGUGCUUAAAAGGAAAGUGAUGUUCGUAUACAGUGUGUGCUUAGUGUUCUUACUGGUCGGCUGCGCGUGCGCAAACCAGACGACAGUGACGGUCUUGCAAUUGCAAUUAACCUACAAUGAAAUACACACGCUGCCCAUCAAUAACUCUAUCGAGUACAUAUUGGAGUUUACGCCGCCGUCGUUGCCGCUAACGGCUCCCAGCUCGGUGUGGGUGCAGAGCGUGGGUGCCGACACUGCGCAUCCCGUGCUCGUAACCGCACGGCAGAGAGCUGGCGCUGUGACAUGGCAGCUGCCGUACGAAUCGGACGCGCACACACUAUACGAGUUGGAGCGCACGUUAUGUCCCGACGACACCGCAGACGCUAGCGGCGAAAAUUGUGAGGGCCAGUCUCGCAGCUCGUUUUCGCUGCACGUGUCGUCGGCGUGCGCGGCUCCGACAUCCGUGCGCGUGCGCGUGUCGCAGCCGUUCGUCUGGGACCUGCCCUUCGCGCGGGCUGUCACAGUCAGUGCCAGUCAGACCUCACCUCGCGUGACACAUUACCAAUUCAUUGAGGGGCAGACCAGCGUGCGGCUCAUAGUAUCCUCUGAGAGUGAAGUGUGCGCCACCCUCUCCGUGCAAAACUACUCGUGCCCCAUCGCUCAGACGGUGACGGACGUGUCGACGAGCGGGCUUCGGUUAACGAUGAUGCGCUCGGGCGCAGUGCAACUCUUCAGGAGCGAGUAUCCGUACGGGUUCUACGUGGUGGCGCUGGUACUGCCGUCGGAGCAGGCGUGCGGCGGGACGGCGGCGGAGGACAUGGACUGGCUGUGGGCGGCCGCGCUGCUCGGGGCCGACGCCGCGCGCGCGCGCUCGCUCGCCCGCCACAAGGCCUUCACCAUCUCCGUACAGCCGGCUUUAACUCGAGAACAGUACGCUGUGGCUGCGGUGGUGACGUUGUUUCUGUUCCUGUCGUUCUACGUGAUUUUCGGUGCGCUCGUGUUGGCGCAGCGCUGGCCGCCCUUCGCUAAGUACGUGCUUCCUAAGGCCGUGCUCGCUUCGCAGACCGUUGCCAUCGACGCUAGCGCCGCCGAGCAAGCCCUAGACGGUCAAUCCGAAAUCAGAUCUGAAGGAACGACUUCUGCUCGCCUCCGCCGUCGCGGAUCGGAUGCGACGUUCGACAGUAGCGACAACAGCGACUCCGACGAUUCAGACACAAGCGCUCGCCCCCCCAUCCCCGCAUCCAGCACGCCCGCCGGGACACCUGCCGGCGCAAACCAGCAUUCCACCAACGAAAACCAUGACAGCACUUCACCUGCUAGGGCCAGCCAAGAUAACAGUAACGGCAACCCCAUAGGCACGCCGCCGGCAGGUGCGGGCCGGAUCACUUCAGACGGCGUUCAAGCCGACGGAACACCUAAUACACAAGUCGGCGAAACUGAAAUACAAGGCCCGUUCGGUCUGCCGACGCGGCUGCGGCUGGCGGCGCUGGCGCGGCGCGGCGGCCGCACCCUGCGCGCGCGCUCCGACCGCUACCUCUACACGCUCUACACCGUCGCCGUCUUCUACGCGCUACCCGUCGUGCAGUUCGUCAUCGCCUUUCAGAUAAUCCUGAACGUGUCGGGCUCGCUGGACAUCUGCUACUACAACUUCCUGUGUGCGCACCGCGCGGGUGCGCUCAGCGAUUUCAACCAUGUGCUGUCCAACCUGGGCUACUUGCUGCUGGGCGCGCUGUUCCUGGUGCAAGUGCGCCGCCGACGGCUGCGCCGCAAGCGACAGCCGCGACACCAGGAUUACGGCAUCCCCGCGCACUAUGGGCUGCUGUCGGCGCUGGGCGCAGGUAUGAUGGUGGUGGCCGUACUCUCAGCCAGCUACCACGUCUGCCCCAACAGGCUCAACUUUCAAUUCGACACGGCAUUCAUGUACGUGCUGGCUGUGCUGAUCAUGGUGAAGAUCUACCAGUCGCGACACCCGGACGUCAACGCGCGCGCGCACGCGACCUUCGGCGUGCUCGCCGUGCUCAUCGCUUUGGUUGUGUGGGGCGUGCUGGAUGGCGGGCCGCUGUUUUGGGGCGUGUUCACGGUGUUCCACGUGUUCACCUUCUUGCUGCUCUCGCUGCGCAUCUACUACGUGGGACAGUUUCGCCUCGAAAAAGAAAGCCUUGCUCAAGCUGCAAGCGAACUACGUAAGGGUUCUCGGCCGUUGUACCGCGCGCGCCUUGUGCUGCUGCUGGUGGCCAACGCGCUCAAUUGGAUGCUCGCCAUUUUUGGACUCAUGAAGCAGGGCAGCGACUUCGCCGGUCACAUGCUGCAGGUGCUGCUGGGCAACGCGCUUAUGUACAUGGUGUUCUACCUGGCCAUGAAGCUGGUGCACGGCGAGCGGCUGCGCUGGUACGCGUGGGCGCUGCUGGCGGCGGCGGCGGCGGCGUGGGUGCCCGCGCUGUACUUCUUCCUGUCGGGCUCCAGCGACUGGUCGGCCGCGCCUGCGCUGUCCCGCCAUCGCAAUCACGAGUGCAUGGUGAUGCAAUUUUACGAUUCCCACGAUUUGUGGCACAUGCUGUCAGCGGUGGCUCUUUACUUAUCCUUCAGCGCUCUACUCACGUGGGAUGAUGGUCUCUCUGCAGUCAAAAGAACCGAUAUACCAGUUUUCUAACAAAUCAGAUAUUAAUAAAUCGUUUUUUUUUUA